UUCCCUUGCCGCUGCCCCCACCCCCUCAACCCGGCCUGGGCUGCCCCCGGGGGUCCCCCUGCGCCCACCUGUGCUGGCACUGCCUCCUCCUCGCUGCCACAACCUGUCUGACAAGAUGUACCAGGUCUCAUUGCCUCUGGACCGGGAUGGGACCCUGAUCCGACUCCGCUUCACCUUGGUGGCCCUGGUUACGGUCUGCUGUCCACUUGUCGCCUUCCUUUUCUGCAUCCUCUGGUCCCUGCUCUUCCACUUCAAGGAGACAACGGCCACACAUUGUGGGGCCACUCCCUACAGGAUGUUCUCUGCAGCCUCCCAGCCCUUGGACCCUGAUGGGACCGUGUUCCGGCUUCGCUUCACGGCCAUGGUCUGUUGGGUCAUCACUUUCCCUGCGUUUGGCUUCUUCUUCUGCAUCAUCUGGUCCCUGAUGUUCCACUUUGAGUACACAGUGGCCACUGAAUGUGGGGUGGCCAAUUACCUGCCGUCGGUGAGCUCUGCCAUUGGUGGGGAGGUGCCCCAGCGCUAUGUGUGGCGCUUCUGCAUCGGCCUACACUCGGCACCUCGCUUCUUGGUGGCCUUUGCCUACUGGAACCACUACCUCAGCUGUGCUGCUCCAUGUUCUGGCUACCGUCUGCUCUGCCGCCUCAACUUCAGCCUCAACGUUGUGGAGAACCUCGCACUGCUAGCACUCACCUACGUCUCCUCUUCUGAGGAUUUCACCAUCCAUGAGAACGCUUUCAUUAUAUUCAUUGCUGCCUCUCUUGGAUACAUGCUCCUCACCUGCAUUCUCUGGCGGCUGACCAAGAAGCACACAGUAAGUUAUGAGGACCGCAAGUCUUAUAACUGGAAACAGCGGCUCUUCAUCAUCAACUUUGUCUCCUUCUUCAUGGCACUGGCUGUGUACUUUCGGCACAACAUGUACUGUGAACCUGGAGUAUACACCAUCUUUGCUUUCCUGGAAUAUACUGUUGUUCUAACCAACAUGGCAUUUCACGUAACGGCCUGGUGGGACUUCGGGAACAAGGAGCUGCUCAUUACCUCCCAGCCUGAGGAAAAACGAUUCUAAACCUCCUCUCCUACCAAGGGAGGUCCACUGCCCAGAAACUAGAAACAAGUACCAUUCUGGCCUUCCCCACCUGGUGUCCUGUCUGCACCCUGUGGAAGCUGUGGGAAGAGAGGAGGAAGUGCAGAGCACAAGGCUUGCCACAGUCCAGCUGGCUUCUCUCCCUGUCAACUCGCAGGACACAGGGGCUUUCAAGCUGCAACACCCUUACUGGAGAGGUCCCAAGAAGCUAAGCUACCAGGAGAGCUCCACCCUCUGGUGCUAAAAAGGUCCUGAGGUUCAUAACCAUCAUCCGGUUCUUGGCCUUUACAUAGCCUCCUCUCGCUGAGGUCAGGGACAACAGAGCAGUGGCCAUUACCUGAAAGCCACAGCCACUUCUCUCCAUGGGUCAUUCAUUUGACUACUAUGCCUUUCAAUAUACUGUGCAUACCUAAGACUAUGGCCACAGGCUCCACUCAGGUUGCCAAAGGGUCCUAGUCCUGACAUCACCUCUUUAAUUUGUUUCCCCUUCUGAACCUGUGUCCAUGUGGAUGGCGCAGGGUGGAUGGCAGGCUCUAACUUCCACGGGUCAGAUAUCACAUUGUCAGUGGUAUUCUGUGCCUGCCGGAUGUUCUGGUUAGAAAAGCACUAUCAGUGUGUAUUGCCCUUUCCUCCUGCAACACCUCCUUUGCAAAGGUGUGGGAAAGUUGUCUAAAGAAACUCCACCAAAGUAGCUUCCAAAUGGGCUCGCUGGUUCCCCUUACCCAUCCUUGCUACUACCCCAUAUCCAGAGCUCUUUUGGUUGUACAUUUUUCAAAGGGAAAAAUAUAUCAUUUUUGCCAAUA